AUGCUCCUCGGCAUGCUCCUCCACUGGAUCGUCGACACAAACCGCCGCAUCUACCCGUCCAUGGAGCGCGGCGGCUCCAUCGCCUACAUCAGCGACAUUGGCGCGCAGAAGCUCAAGCCGCUCUUCAUCGCCGGCUCCGCCGUCACCGUCGUCCUCCUCGACCUGGCCUUCCUCGCCGAGCGCUGGCUGCGCCACCGCGGCCGCCUCGUGCGCAACCAGUCGUCCGGCGAGCGCGCCCUCGUCUGGCUGAGCAUCCUGUUCGCUUUUGUCGGCGCCGCCGGCCUCGUCCUGCUGUCCGUCUUCGACACCUGGCGCCACAAGAAGCUGCACGACGUCUUUCUGCUUCUGUUUAUCGGCGGCUACUGGCUCUCUGCCGUCUUUAUCUGCUGGGAGUAUCAGCGCUUGGGCAUCAAAAACCGGCAGUAUCGCAUCCUCCGUUCCUCCUUUUGGAUCAAGCUCGCCUUCAUCCUGGUCGAGCUCGUCCUGGCCAUUGUCUUCGUCUCAACCACCUUCACCCACAACAACAACGUCGCCGCCGUCUUCGAAUGGGUCAUUGCCUUCAUCUUCACCUUUUACGUCGCCUCUUUUAUUAUUGACCUCAAGCCAGCCAUCUAUACAAAGAGCCACGCGGCGCGGUUUGAGAAGACGCAUCAGAUGGAGGAUGGACUCGAUGUAAACGGGCCCAAUGGCCUGACCGGGAAUGGCUUUGUGGCUGAUCGGACCGCGGCCCAUUUUUAA